UCGUUUCGAAAUUCAUAUAUCCUCUAAAUUUAUUCAUAUUUUCAACUUCUACGUAUUUUGAUUCAACCAAACCAAGCUUUUUUUUUUUAAUUCUGCUUUUAGUUUUGUGAUAUCCUCUGAAGUUGUAAAGGAAGCGAGAAAAAGGCAGAUGGCGGGAAACGACUGGCUAAACAGUUACUUGGAAGCGAUACUAGAUGUCGGCGGUCAAGGAAUCAGUGAUGCGAAGAAGAAGUCGUCGUUGUUACUCCGAGAAAGGGGACAUUUCAGUCCUACUCGCUACUUCGUGGAGGAGGUCAUCACUGGCUUCGAUGAGAGCGAUCUACAUCGCUCCUGGGUUCGAGCGGCGGCAACAAAGAGUCCGCAGGAGAGAAAUACGAGAUUGGAGAAUAUGUGUUGGAGGAUUUGGAAUUUGGCUCGCAAGAAGAAGCAGCUUGAGGGAGAGGAAGCCCAACGCAAUGCUAAACGUAGACUUGAACAUGAAAGAGGGCGCAGGGAAGCAACUGCUGACAUGUCAGAAGAUCUAUCAGAAGGAGAGAAAGCAGACUUGCCUAGUGAUGUUCAAACUCAUGGUGACAGCAUUAAAGGAACAAUGCCUCGAAUUAGUUCUGCUGAUGUGAUGGAGAACUGGGCUAAUCAGCAGAAAGAUAAGAAGUGGUAUAUUGUCUUGAUAAGUCUUCAUGGCCUUUUAAGGGGUGAAAACAUGGAGCUUGGUCGUGACUCUGAUACUGGUGGCCAGGUUAAGUAUGUGGUGGAACUUGCUAGGGCCUUGGGCAAUAUGCCUGGAGUUUAUCGGGUUGAUUUGCUGACAAGGCAAGUCUCAGCUCCAGAUGUCGACUGGAGUUAUGCUGAACCAACUGAGAUGCUAAAUCCAAUGAAUGUGGAGGAAUGUAUGAAGGAGCUAGGUGAGAGCUGUGGUUCUUAUAUAAUCCGUAUACCCUUUGGCCCAAAAGAUAAAUAUAUACCUAAAGAACUACUCUGGCCACAUAUUCCUGAAUUUGUUGAUGGUGCACUAAGCCACAUUAUACAGAUGUCCAAAGUUCUGGGUGAGCAAAUUGGUGGAGGGCAACCGGUCUGGCCUGUUGCUAUUCAUGGACAUUAUGCAGAUGCUGGUGACUCUGCUGCUCUUCUAUCUGGUGCUCUCAAUGUGCCAAUGCUUUUUACUGGCCAUUCACUUGGGCGAAAUAAGCUUGAACAACUCUUGAAACAAGGACGGCAAUCAAGGGAAGAAAUAAAUUCGACUUACAAAAUAAUGCGACGGAUAGAGGCUGAGGAGUUAUGUCUUGAUGCCUCUGAAAUUGUUAUAACUAGCACUAGACAGGAAAUAGAAGAGCAAUGGCGCCUUUAUGAAGGCUUUGAUCCGGUAUUAGAGCGCAAAUUGAGAGCAAGGAUCAAAAGGGGUGUCAGCUGUCAUGGGAGGUUUAUGCCUCGCAUGGUUGUAAUUCCUCCUGGAAUGGAGUUUCAUCAUAUUGUUCCACAUGAUGGGGAUGCGGAUGGCAAUCCAGAAAAAUUUGAUAAUAAUCCCUCUUCUCCUGACCCACCUAUUUGGUCUGAGAUAAUGAACUUUUUUUCCAAUCCACGGAAACCUAUGAUACUGGCUCUUGCUCGGCCAGAUCCUAAAAAGAAUCUUACGACUUUAGUCAAAGCAUUUGGAGAAUGCCGUCCACUAAGAGAGCUGGCUAAUCUCACAUUAAUAAUGGGGAACCGUGACGAUAUUGAUGAAAUGUCUAGUACAAAUGCAGCUGUGCUUCUCUCAAUACUUAAGCUGAUAGACAAAUACGAUCUCUAUGGUCUAGUGGCAUAUCCUAAACACCACAAGCAGUCUGAGGUUCCUGACAUUUACCGUCUUGCAGCAAAAACAAAGGGUGUUUUCAUAAAUCCAGCUUUCAUUGAGCCAUUUGGGCUAACUUUAAUAGAGGCUGCAGCACAUGGUUUACCUAUCGUUGCCACAAAAAAUGGGGGUCCUGUUGACAUUCAUAGGGUUCUUGACAAUGGCCUACUAGUUGACCCCCAUGAUCAGCAGUGCAUUGCUGAUGCUCUUCUCAAACUUGUUUCAGAUAAGCAACUGUGGACAAGAUGCCGGCAAAAUGGACUGAAAAAUAUUCACCUAUUCUCAUGGCCGGAGCACUGUAAGACAUACUUGUCUCGGAUAGCCAUUUGCAAACCAAGGCAACCUCAGUGGCAGAGGAUUGAUGUUGGAUUAGGAAAUUCAGGAUCAGAUUCACCUGGUGACUCCUUGCGAGACAUACAGGAUUUAUCUUUAAAUUUGAAGUUUUCACUGGACGGUGAGAAGAAUGAAGGGAUGGAUAUUGAAGAAAACUCUUCUGAUCAAAAGAGUAGCCUAGAGAGUGCUGUUUCAAAGUUGACUAAGGGUGCUAUAGAGGGUGUGGAAAAGGCUGGUUCCACAGAGAAAGCAGACCAAAAUAGCGUUGGUAACAGGUUUCCUGCUCUGCAAAGGAGGAAAUAUAUUUUUGUAAUAGCUGUAGACUGCGAUGCAACCUCAGAUUUUCUUGAGACAACUAAGAUAGUCAUGGAGAUUACGGGAAAGUACAGUUUUGUGGGGUUCAUACUGUCAACAUCCCUUUCAAUAUCUGAUAUACACUCUGCAAUGGCCUUGGCAAAAAUAAACCCAUCUGAUUUUGAUGCUUUUAUCUGUAAUAGUGGUAGUGAGCUGUACUAUCCAUCUUCAAGCUCUGAGGCUAGUGAGCUUCCCUUUGAGCUUGACUUAGAGUAUCAAUCACAUAUUGAAUACCGAUGGGGUGGAGAAGGUUUACGGAAGACUUUGGUUCGGUGGGCUGCUUCAGUUAAUGAGAAAAACGUGGAUGAAGGGCAAAUUGUUGAAGAUAAAUCUGGAUCAACUACAUAUUGCUAUUCUUUCAAAGUGAAGGACUCAGCAUUGCUUCCUCCUGUGAAGGAGCUCCGAAAAUUGAUGAGAAUUCAGGCUCUUAGAUGUCAUGUUAUCUAUUGUCAAAAUGGCGCCAAGCUGAAUGUAAUCCCUGUAUUGGCUUCUCGGGCUCAAGCUCUCAGGUAUUUAUACAUCCGGUGGGGCAUGGAGCUAUCAAAUGCUGUUGUUUUUGUGGGAGAAUGUGGGGACACAGACUAUGAAGGCUUGCUUGGCGGGGUCCAUAAAACUGUGAUACUGAAAGGAAUUGGAAUUAAUGCCAGCAAGCUUCAUACUAACAGAAGCUACCCUCUAGAACAUGUCAUAUCCUAUGAUAGUCCCAAUAUCGUCCAAUCAGAAGGACACACUGAAGAAGACAUAAAGGCAUCAUUGGGACACCUUGGAAUUGUUAAGGGAUAAUAAUCACUGCGCUCAAUUUUCCCUUCAAGGGUAAGACGAGUAUUCCCUCUGUUGCUCAAUGCAGACUGCAGCUUACUUCUAUACGAGCCAUGAGGCCUGGAUCCUGGGGUUGCGUAAUUCUGAAUUUGAGUUAAUGUCACAACCAAAAGCAAUAGGAAAGAAAGGUGUUACAUAUCCCAUUGUGUAGCUCAUCAAUAAAAAAUUGAUACUUAG